UGUACUGUAGCAUCAGCUUGGAUACUGAUUCACUGCUGGAAAUGGAGUACUUUAUCCAUCACUAACCAUCUCUAUACCAUCACUCAACGCAAAUAUGGGGGAGAGCAUUGAUGUCAAGGCUCUGAGGGCCAGGUUCAACAAUCAGGCCAGCACCUCGGACACCAGCAGCCGGGACAGCAGCUCCCCUAAAUCUCCACGGCCUGGGUUUGGGAGGGCAAUCUUGCCAGUGACUGAGAACGAUCUGGCCCAUCACAGACUGUCUCCUACAGUUCUUCCUCCUCUGGUGGCUGGCCAGGGCCUCGUGAGGUUCCCGAGGGCAGAACCAAUGGCAACCUCCAUCCCCUCCAGACCAUUCCCGCGACCGCCUCCAAGUGCCGCAGUCAGAGCAUCCAUCCAGCCGACAGAGGCCAAAACGGUCAAGCAGACAGGGGAGAUGCUGCAGAACAUGAUGCUGAGGCACCAGAGGCCUCCAGGAACCAAACCAGCCCUGAUGCCUGCUCUAGCUUCAGCUCCAACUCCAGCUCCUGCCCCUGCUCCCACCUCUACCCCUCUACCGCUCCGACAGCAGCCCCGACAGAGGAGCACAGGUGAAGUGACCCCGCUGAGAAAGCCCCUGCCCCCUGAAGGACCCCUACCUUUGAAACCCAAACGGCCUCCCAAUGUCAACCUGGAGCCUUUUCUGAGGUUUCGAGGACCUGCCCUUCCUGGCCCGAGAAAGCUUGAUGCAGGUUCCCCAAGCUCAGCAGGCAGAAAGAUGUCUUUAACUGCAGUAAUCAGUCCUCCAAAACCGCCACAACGGUCCAAUAAACCCAACAGGUUGCCGCGCCAAGUGGCCUCCGUGGACAUUGAUGAUAAUGAGGACUAUGAUGACAUUGCAAACUUUGAGAAGAAUGAGUCCUGUAGUGACAACAGUUCACAGUGUUUGGACGGGGAUGAUGAUGACGUGUAUGAGUCUAUAGAUGAGGACCAGGUGGAGGUAAACCGGGUAAAUGCUGAGAAGGAAAACAAAAAAGAAGCAAAGAGGAAACAGGAGCAGGAGAAGAAAGGUCAGAUGGAGCGUCAGAAAAUAGCAAAUGAGCUGAGGAAGAACUUUCAGCUGGAAGGGGAGGUGGAGGUUCUUCACACCGCCAGAGUCCGGCAUGACUGGCAUGGAGGAGGAAAACUGGACCUCAGUGUACAACAAGAUGACAGCGUGGAGAUCCUCAGAGUGAAGAAUAAUCCAGGAGGCAAAUGGUUGGCUCGCUCACUGAACGGAAACUACGGAUACAUCAGUAAUACAUGUGUGGAUAUUGACUAUGAGGCUGUGAAGCGCAAACUGCUGCAGUCCAGAAAAAUGGACACAUCGCCGUUGCCUCCACUACCCCCAGACCUCCCAAAGAUGAUACAUGUGGAGUCCAAUAACAGAGACAGCAUGCUUGAAGAUGAUGAUGACUAUGAUGACGUUCAACCAAUAUCUGAGGAUUUUCCCCCACCACCGCCUGAAAUCAGCAUAGAUCCGAAAGUGGUGAAGGAGCUAAGAAAAAGAUUUAAGUAUGAUGGGCCUCUAAGGGUGCUACACACCAUGAUGGUGGAUCCUAAUUGCACCAUAAAGAAGCCAGGAGGGAAGGAUCUGCAUGUGAGUCAGGGAGAAGUCCUGGACGUCAUCCAGCUCACCAACAACAAGAAAGCUUUGUGUCGCAACCAGUUUGGAAAAUAUGGUUAUGUGUCCAGAUCUCUUCUUCUUCCAAUGGAAGGAGACAUUUACGAUGAUGUUGACUAUGCGGGUGACAUCUACGACAACGACUCUCCACACAAUGAUUAUUAAAACAUGUCAAACUGAAUGCACACACAGUAAGGGAGAGAGAUGCACACAGUCAUAAGAAACAAACUAUAUACAAAUACCAAAACUGAAAACUUAAGCUGAAUAAAACUAUAGCCUAUAACUAUAUACCUGGAGACACAUUUUUGUUUUAUUUGACUUCACCAGUCGUGUUCUAUGAAACAGGAUUCAAACACAGCCUGUGCUGCCUGUUACAACUGAGGUGGAGCUGACACAAACAAACUAGCUGAUAUAAAACUAAAACUAUGCAGAAAGAUACACACUCACACACACUGUACAUGCCUUGUACUGAUAUAACAAACUUCUCAUCAUCACAUUGUUUGUCAAACUGCUUGUAUAGAAAAUAAAUACACUAUGACUGUAGCUUUGUUUAUUGCUCGACAUCUGAGAUAAUGUAAAAUAAAUGAAUAAACCUUUUUUUGGUUAA